AAAAGAAAUACCUAUAAAAUAAUAUUAUCAAAAUUAUUAUAUUUAAUAUACACGUUAUAAUUUUUAUUAUUUUGGUCCCUAAAGAAAAAUUGUCAAGUGCUUCCCUUGAUCGUCUAUGCUUUAUAGUUUUAAUCUUUGCCACUAAAAAAAUGGGUCAGACUGCAAACCUGCUGGACCCCUUGAUGACGCCGGCAACUGCAGAUGGCAAAUAUAAUAUGAACGUAAAAUGUUUCAAGGAUGCAUUUGAUUCGCAUCUUUAGUAGAAUGAUGCAGUCAUGGGUUUUACUUAAAACCCAAUUGGUUCUUCACAACAUUAGGCAUUGACUUAAAAUCCAAUUAAUUUUCCCUACAAUUUCCUCGAUAAAUACAACAAAUUAAUCUCACGAGAAAAUAGCAUAUACGCCAACAAGCCCGAACCUUCCCCGCUAAAGCACAAACAUCAAUUUUGGCCCUUAUAUUAUUAGGUGCCUCAGUUCAUACUUAGGCAAAAUAUAUGAUUACACAUAUAUAUUGAGACCAAUUAACAAAAGUCAGAACCUAAACGACCAUGGCACAAAACUCCCAUAGGCCUUAGUAACCACAAACAUUUUGACACAUAUCAUAUAUAUAGACUUUAAGAAAAUAAUAUUGAAGAAGCUAAAUGGCUAGGUUGAAGGUGUUGUCUGCCCUAGACACAGCAAGGACACAAUACUACCACUUCAAAGCCAUCAUCAUUGCAGGGAUGGGGCUCUUCACCGAUGCCUACGACCUCUUCUCAAUCACUCUCAUCAUCAAGAUAAUUGGAAGGGUAUAUUACGGCCACCGCGAAGGUGAAAACCGGUACGAAACCCCACCGGAGGUCGUGUCCGCCUUGGUCGCCGUCGCCCUGCUGGGCACCGCCGUCGGCCAGCUGGUAUUUGGCCGGCUUGGCGACCUCAAGGGGCGACGGCGAGUGUACGGAUUCGCUCUUUUGUUGAUGGUCUUCAGCUCCUUGGCUUCUGGCUUCUCCAUUUGCAUAAGAAAAACCUGCGUUCUCCUCACUCUUGGCUUCUUCAGGUUUUUCUUGGGGCUGGGUAUUGGAGGAGACUACCCUCUGUCUUCUACCAUAAUGUCGGAGUUUGCGAACAAGAAGACAAGAGGGUCGUUCAUAGCGGCGGUGUUUUCGAUGCAAGGCUUCGGCAUAUUGGCCAGCUCCACCGUGACCAUGGCAGUGUGCUCCAUAUUCGGCGCAGCGUCCAAGAAUUCCGAGGCUGACGUGGCAUGGAGACUCAUACUCAUGCUCGGUUCUGUCCCCGCAGCCAUGACUUACUACUGGCGCAUGAUGAUGCCCGAAACCGCCAGGUACACAGCAUUAGUGGAGCAAAAUGUGAUGCAAGCAGCAAAGGACAUGGAGAAAGUCCUUGAUGUAACACUGAGCCAGAUUGCUGAAGAAGAUCCUUUGCCACCAACCCCGCAUCCUUACCCUCUACUUUCAAGGGAAUUCUUGCGUAGGCACGGUCCUGACCUAUUUGCAUGUUCUUCCACAUGGUUCCUUGUGGACAUUGUGUUCUAUAGCCAAGUUUUGUUCCAAAGUGAAAUAUACAAACGCUACCUAGACAAAAAGGAGGACGUGGAUGUGUAUCAAGAGACUUUCCAUGCUGCAUGGAUCCAAGCCGUUAUUGCUGUUUGUUCCACAAUUCCUGGCUACUUCUUCUCAAUGUAUUUCAUUGACAAAUGGGGAAGGGUCAAAAUCCAAAUGAUGGGCUUUUUCUUCAUGGCAUUGGCCUUUUUCUCCAUUGGAAUUCCCUAUUACUCUUAUUGGACCACCAAGGAACAUCAUAAGAAUAAAGUGUUCAUGGUGUUGUAUGGACUUGCUUUUUUCUUUGCCAAUUUUGGGCCCAACACUACUACUUUCAUAGUCCCGGCUGAGCUUUUUCCUGCUAGGUUUAGGUCAAGUUGUCAUGGCAUUUCUGGGGCAGUUGGCAAGGUUGGGGCAAUUAUUGGGUCUGUGGGGUUUCUUUGGGCUUCACAUAGAAAGAAGGAGGAUGGGUACCCUAAGGGAAUUGGGAUGAAAGUGUCCCUUAUUAUACUUGGAGGGGUGUGCUUAUUGGGAAUGGUGAUCACCUACUUUUUCACGAGGGAAACCAUGGGAAGGUCUUUGGAAGAGAAUGAGGUUGAGAUUGAAGAGCAAGAUAAUCUUUGAUUUAAGGGUAUGUAUAAGGUAGUAUUAUGGAGCAUGGUAAAUGAUAAGUUUCUGUUAAUAAGUAUUAGAUAUGAUAGUAUGACAUUAAAAAAAAUAUCUAACAGUUAUUAAUGGAAAAUUAUUAGAUUACCUUAUCCAAA